CGCGAGGUCAGAUCAGGUUGUCACCCCCUCCCCUCCAGGGGAGGCUUCCCGGGCCCGCCCCUUAGGAAGGGCGAAAGCCGAGGAAGAGGUGGCAAGGGGAAAGAUCUCCUUGCCCCUCUCCCUGCUUGGCAGAGCCGCUGGAGGACCCCAGGAGGAGGCGGAGGCGCUGGGGCACCAUAGUGACCCCUACCAGGUUAAGCCCCACUCUCAGGGCCCCCAGGGGCCACCAUGCCAGCUGGGGGCCGGGCCGGGAGCCUGAAGGACCCUGAUGUGGCUGAGCUCUUCUUCAAGGAUGACCCGGAAAAGCUCUUCUCUGACCUCCGGGAAAUUGGCCAUGGCAGCUUUGGAGCUGUGUACUUUGCCCGGGAUGUCCGGAAUAGUGAGGUGGUGGCCAUCAAGAAGAUGUCCUACAGUGGGAAGCAGUCAAAUGAGAAAUGGCAGGACAUCAUCAAGGAGGUGCGGUUCCUACAGAAGCUCCGGCAUCCCAAUACCAUUCAGUACCGGGGCUGUUACCUGAGGGAGCACACGGCUUGGCUGGUGAUGGAGUAUUGCCUGGGCUCAGCUUCUGACCUUCUAGAAGUGCACAAGAAGCCCCUUCAGGAGGUGGAGAUUGCAGCUGUGACCCACGGGGCCCUUCAGGGCCUGGCUUAUCUGCACUCCCACAACAUGAUCCAUAGGGAUGUGAAGGCUGGAAACAUCCUGCUGUCAGAGCCAGGCUUGGUGAAACUGGGGGACUUCGGCUCCGCAUCCAUCAUGGCACCUGCCAACUCCUUCGUGGGCACCCCAUACUGGAUGGCUCCAGAAGUGAUCCUGGCAAUGGAUGAGGGGCAGUAUGAUGGCAAGGUGGAUGUCUGGUCCUUGGGCAUAACCUGCAUCGAGCUGGCGGAACGGAAACCACCGCUGUUUAACAUGAAUGCGAUGAGUGCCUUAUACCACAUUGCACAGAACGAGUCCCCCGUGCUCCAGUCAGGACACUGGUCUGAGUACUUCCGGAAUUUUGUCGACUCCUGCCUUCAGAAAAUCCCUCAAGACAGACCAACCUCAGAGGUUCUUCUGAAGCACCGCUUUGUGCUCCGGGAGCGGCCACCCACAGUCAUCAUGGACUUAAUCCAGAGGACCAAGGAUGCUGUUCGGGAGCUGGACAAUCUGCAGUACCGCAAAAUGAAGAAGAUACUGUUCCAAGAGGCGCCCAAUGGCCCUGGCGCUGAGGCCCCAGAGGAGGAGGAGGAGGCAGAGCCCUACAUGCACCGGGCCGGGACGCUGACCAGUCUAGAGAGUAGCCAUUCAGUGCCCAGCAUGUCCAUCAGCGCCUCCAGCCAGAGCAGUUCAGUCAACAGCCUAGCAGAUGCCUCUGACAAUGAGGAGGAGGAAGAGGAGGAGGAGGAGGAGGAGGAGGAGGAAGAAGGCCCUGAAGCCCGGGAGAUGGCCAUGAUGCAGGAGGGCGAGCACACAGUCACCUCCCACAGCUCCAUCAUCCACCGGCUGCCGGGCUCUGACAACCUCUAUGAUGACCCCUACCAGCCAGAGAUGACCCCAGGCCCUCUCCAGCCACCUGCAGCCCCGGCUCCCACAUCCACCACCUCUUCUGCCCGCCGACGGGCCUACUGCCGCAACCGGGACCAUUUUGCCACCAUCCGUACUGCCUCCCUGGUCAGCCGUCAGAUCCAGGAGCAUGAGCAGGACUCAGCCCUGCGGGAGCAGCUGAGUGGCUAUAAGCGGAUGCGACGACAGCACCAGAAACAGCUGCUGGCGUUGGAGUCGAGGUUGAGGGGCGAGCGUGAGGAGCACAGUGCACGGCUGCAGCGGGAGCUCGAGGCGCAGCGGGCUGGUUUUGGGGCUGAGGCUGAAAAGCUGUCAAGGCGGCACCAGGCUAUCGGUGAGAAGGAGGCGCGAGCUGCCCAGGCUGAGGAGCGUAAGUUCCAGCAGCACAUCCUCGGGCAGCAGAAGAAGGAGCUGGCUGCCCUGCUGGAGGCGCAGAAGCGAACCUACAAACUUCGGAAGGAGCAGCUGAAGGAGGAGCUCCAGGAGAACCCCAGCACACCCAAGCGGGAGAAGGCUGAGUGGCUUUUGCGGCAGAAGGAGCAGCUACAGCAGUGCCAGGCGGAGGAGGAGGCUGGACUGCUGCGGCGGCAGCGCCAGUACUUUGAGCUGCAGUGUCGCCAGUACAAGCGCAAGAUGCUGCUGGCUCGUCACAGCCUGGACCAGGACCUGCUUCGAGAGGACUUGAACAAGAAACAGACACAGAAGGACUUGGAGUGUGCAUUGCUGCUACGGCAGCAUGAGGCCACACGGGAGCUGGAGCUACGGCAGCUCCAGGCCGUACAGCGCACGCGGGCUGAGCUCACCCGCCUGCAGCACCAGACGGAGCUGGGCAACCAGCUGGAGUACAAUAAGCGGCGUGAGCAAGAGUUGCGGCAGAAGCAUGCAGCCCAGGUUCGCCAGCAGCCCAAGAGCCUCAAAGUACGUGCAGGCCAGCGUCCCCUGGGCCUCCCGCUCCCCAUUCCUGGGGCUCUGGGACCACCUAACACAGGCACCCCUAGAGAAGAGCAGUCCUGCUCAUCUGGCCAGGAGGCAGACCAAAGAAUUCUGGGAGAGGAGGAGGAAGCAGUUCCAGAGAGAAGGAUUCUGGGGAAGGAAGGGGUUGCCUUGGAGCCAGAGGAGCAGAGGAUAUUGGGGGAAGAGUCAGGAACCCCUAGUCCCAGUCCACAGAAACAUAGGAGUUUGGUUGAUGAGGAAGUUUGGGGGCUACCUGAGCAGGAGAUAGAGGAGCUUAGAGUUCCAUCGCCGGCACCCCAGGAGAGGAGCAUUGUGGGCCAGGAGGCAUCCGGGGAAUGGAGGUUGUGGGGGAAGGAGGAUGGUAGCCUCUUGGAUGAGGAGUUUGAGCUUGGCUGGGUCCAGGGUCCAACACUGACCCCAGUCCCUGAGGAGGAGGAGGAAGAGGAGGAGGGUGCUCCAUUUAGGACCCCGAGGGAUUCUGGAGAUGGCUGUCCCUCACCAGACAUCCCCCCUGAACCCCCUCCAACACAUCUGAGGCCCAGCCCUACUAGCCAGCUCCCUGGACUCCUGUCCCAUGGCCUCUUGGCUGGACUCUCCUUUGCAGUGGGGUCCUCCUCUGGCCUCUUGCCCCUACUACUUCUGCUGCUGCUCCCACUGCUGGCGGCCCAGGGUGGGGGUGGCCUGCAGGCAGCCCUGCUGGCCCUUGAGGUGGGGCUGGUGGGCCUGGGGGCCUCCUACCUACUGCUUUGUACAGCUCUGCACCUGCCCCCCAGUCUAUUCCUACUCCUGGCUCAGGGCACCGCACUGGGGGCCGUCCUCAGUCUGAGCUGGCGCCGAGGUCUUAUGGGUGUCCCUCUGGGCCUUGGGGCUGCCUGGCUCCUAGCCUGGCCAGGCUUGGCUCUACCUCUGGCAGCUAUGGCGGCUGGGGGCAAAUGGGUGCGGCAGCAGGGCCCUCGGAUGCGCCGGGGCAUCUCUCGACUCUGGUUGCGCGCUCUGCUGCGUCUGUCGCCCAUGGCCUUCAGGGCCCUACAGGGCUGUGGGGCUGUGGGGGAUCGGGGCCUAUUUGCACUCUACCCCAAGACCAACAAGGAUGGCUUCCGCAGCCGUCUGCCUGUCCCUGGGCCCCGGCGGGGUAAUCCUCGCACUGCCCGACACCCACUAGCCCUGUUGGCAAGGUUUUGGGCCCUGUGCAAGGGCUGGAACUGGCGCCUGGCACGGGCCAGCCAAGGUUUAGCCACCCGCUUGCCCCCCUGGGCCAUCCACACACUGGCCAGUUGGGGCCUGCUUCGGGGUGAGCGGCCCAGCCGUAUCCCCCGGCUGCUACCACGCAGCCAGCGCCGGCUAGGCCCCCCUGCCUCCCACCAACCACCACCAGAGACUCUAGCUGGGCGGAGAUCCCGAACCCGCCAGUCCCGGGCCCUGCCUCCCUGGAGGUAACCAACUCUAGCUUCUCCCCAGCCCAAAUCUAGAGCAUUGAGCACUUUAUCUCCCACUACUCAGUGAAGUUUCUCCAGUCCCAGUCCUCUCCUCCCUUUCACCACUCCUUCCUCGGUAUGCUUCCCCACCUCACCCCUAGCCCUUUGGGCCUCUAGACAGGCAGCCUCCUCCACCGUGGAGUCCGGAGAUUAUAUUUUGUGUUCUCCUGAUGCUCCCCCCCACACCCUAAGUUAUUGCUGUUCUCCCACUGUGUGUGCUCAUCCUCACCCUCAUCGACUCAGGCCUGGGGCCAGGGGUGGCAGUGGGUGGGAAGAGUCAUGUUUUUUUUUUCUCUCUUUGAUUUUGUUUUUCUGUCUCCCUUCCAACCUGUCCCCUUUCCCCCACCA